CCACAAUGCUUCUUUCGUACGCGAUUUUGUUGCUGUAUGUUGAGAAUGGGAGUCUAAGGAGAUAUCUUCCGCUCAACAAUAUAUCCUUUAAGUUGCAGACGCAUCAAAUUGUGUCUUUAAAAUAACUAGCAAGCAGGGAAAUUCUCUGGGUUCUUUUUCGGCGUGAAAAACGAGGCCUUGGAGAUAUCUUGGGAGUUGUAGUUCAGUGCCUCCGCUUGUUACAGUCCUCAACUCCGUUAAUUCCUUGCACUGAGGACUCAAACUCCCAGAAUCCUGCGAGCGCACUCUUCCCCCUUCGCCGAGAGACCACAACAUGGCGGACAUUGCAUGAAGAACUUCAACAUGUAUCUCUGAGAGAGGGGCUUGGGAGAGACCAAUUUUACCCCCCUCACAACCGAACAAAUCUAAAGCUGUAUUUUACAUCCACGUAUUUGGAUUUAUCUCUCCCUAUCCCAGAGUUGACAACAUCGCAACCUUACAGAAAAAAAAUCAGUAGGCGGAGGGGGGGCUUAAUCAUUAAGAAUAACACCCCCCGAUCUAUUAAUUACUUUUCCCAGCAGUUCUGAGAAACGCCAAGUUCCGCUUCGUUCCUUUCGGGUACGGGAGGCUGCCAUGGGAGUGCAAGGCUUUCAGGAGUACGUGGAAAAACGAUGCCCGGGCGCCGCAGUGCCCGUCGACCUGCUCAAGCUCGCCCGGACAGUGGCCCGUCAGCAGCAGCAGCCGCCACCGCACCCGCACCCACACCCUCCUCCGCUGGCCCCGCCGCCACCACCACCUGCUAGAGUGCUCAUCGAUGCGGACUCCGGCUUGCAGCGGCUCUAUGGAGGCUACCAAACGGACUGGGCCUGCGGCGGCCAGUGGAAUGCCAUGCUCGGAUAUCUGGCCGCGCUGUCGCAGGCCUGCCUCUAUCAGGGGGGCCUGGAGUUGGUGGUCAUGUUCAACGGGACAUUGGGUAAGGAGCGCUGGCCCGAGUGGGCGCGCCGGGCGCAAGGGGAGCGCCAGACCGCUCAGCUCAUCGUCAACCACAUCGCCAACAAGGGCACCCCGCCACCUCGAGCUUGGUUUUUACCCCCCGCUUGUCUCAGCCACUGCAUCAGGCUGGCGAUGGUUCGAUUUCGAGUGCGGGUUGUACAGAGUUUGGAGGAUCACCACCAGGAAGUGAUCUCUUUUUACAGGGACUAUGGUUUCCAGGGACUCAUUGCUCAUGAUUCGGAAUAUGCCCUUUGUAAUAUCCCUGCUUACUUCAGUUCACAUGCUCUCAAACUCAGCUGGAAUGGCAAGAACCUAACUACAAACCAGUAUCUAAUGGCAGAGGUGGCCAAGCAAUUGGGACUGAAACCUUCACAAUUUCCUACCUUUGCAGCACUCUUGGGUAAUCACAUUCUUCCAGAUGAAGAUCUGGCAGCAUUUCACUGGAGUCUUCUGGGGCCAGAGCAUCCUCUGGCAUCACUAAAGGUGCGUGCCCAUCAACUUGUUCUGCCCCCUUGUGAGGUAGUCAUUAAAGCUGUCUCAGAGUAUGUGGCUGCCAUUAAGGACCUUAAUAAUUUAGAAGCAAUCGCACGUGAUGUGUUUCGGCAGUCUCAGUCUAGAACUGAAGACAAGGUUGAACGCUUUAAAAAAGCAGUUGAAUAUUUCUCUGCUGCUAGCAAACCAAGACCAUUGGCCAUGGGUCCUUCACCAUUUAUCUUUUCUGGAUUUGGUCCAGGUCAAUUUGGAGGACCAGCACCACCUCAUGGUCACAUUGGAGCAUUGCAACCCGGCAAAUCUUUGUUUGUGGCCCCAAAUAUGUCUGGAAAGCUACCUUAUCAUGGAGGAUCUUUCCUAAGUGGUCCCCAUCCAAACCCAGCUCUGAUGUUUUCACACCCAUCCUCAGCACCCGGAGGUCAUUUGCCUGUGCAGGAAUGUAAUGAUGGUUUAUCCAAGAUUCCCUUCACAGAGUGGUCUGCUCCCUAUGAUAAUACUGCUGGUCGUAUUUCUGGCUCCACAAUGGCUAACACAUCAUCUGGGAACAUGGGAAACAAGUAUCCUAAUCAUCAUUUAGCCACUAAACCAUCUCCUUCCUCGGGGCCUGCUUCAUCGCCAUCAUCGUCUUCAGAUGGAGAAGACCACAAUAGUGCAGGCGUAAACCAUAUCCCAGAUAAAUCACAAUCAAAAGGAGGUUGGGAUGAUUCUGGGAGUGACCGGGGCAAAGUAGGUGGUAGUAGCGAAUGUCAUCAUGGGAAUGGCAGCCCUCAGAUCCCUUCCCUCCUCUCCAUGGCAACCCGCAAUCAUAUGGACAUCACUACGCCUCCACUGCCCGAGGUUGGUGCAGAAGUAUUGCGCGUAGCAGAGCAUCGACACAGGAGGGGGCUUAUGUAUCCCUACAUUUACCAUGUUCUUACAAAGGGGGAAAUUAAGAUUGCAGUGUGUAUAGAAGAUGAGUGCAAUCCUGAUCUUCCACCUGCUGCUGCACUGUUUCGAUCAGCACGUCAAUAUGUGUAUGGUGUUCUCUUCAGUUUAGCAGAGACCCAGAGAAGAAUGGAGAGAUUGUCUCUACGAAAGAGGGUUCCACUUGAUGUUCCUCCUGUAUUCAUCAAAGAAUGGUCUGCCAGUAAGGCAAAAUCUCCACUGACACCUGAGCUGGUUCCUGCAUUGACAUUCAGGGAGUGGACCUGCCCCAAUCUUAAGAAGCUUUGGUUGGGCCGUGCCGUUGAAGACAAGAACCGUCGUAUGAGAGCUUUUCUGGCCUGCCUCAAAUCUGACACACCAGGAAUGCUUAACCCCAGCAAUGUGCCAACACACUUACUUUUGAUGUGCUGUGUAUUGAGAUACAUGAUGCAGUGGCCUGGAGGUCGGAUACUACAGCGACAUGAGCUUGAUGCCUUUUUAGCUCAAGCCGUCUCCAGCCAGCUGUAUGAACUUGAUCAGUUGCAGGAGCUUAAGAUUGAUAAGCUGGAUUCUCGUGGAGUGCAGCUAGCUGCUUUAUUCAUGAGUGGAGUUGACACUGCUCUGUUUGUAAAUGAUGCUUGUGGGCAGCCCAUUCCCUGGGAGCACUGCUGUCCAUGGAUCUACUUUGAUGGGAAACUAUUUCAGAGCAAACUCUCCCGAGCAAGUAGGGAAAGGUUACCUCUUCUUGAGCUUUGUGAUGGCCAAGUUGAACAAGCAGCCAAAGUAGAGAAGAUGAGGCAGGCAAUAUUGGAAGGGCUUAACUUGAAUCGUCAACCUCCACCUCCACCACCACUGCCACCUCCAGCCUUUAUGCCCACAAUGGUGCCACCUUUCUACCCAGUUCCUUUGUAUCCUCGACCUCUAAGUAAUGUAACCCCUAACCACCAACGCAGUCGUGCAUUUCCAGGGGUUCAGGCUAUUCCUCCUCAAGGUGGGAAGCUAGAGAUUGCUGGAAUGGUUGUAGGUCAGUGGGCUGGGAACAAACCAAUUAGAGGGCGUGGUGGAUUCAACAUGCAAGUUGUUUCAGUUGGAGGAGGCAAAGGACGGGGAAAAGAUAUGACUGGAAAAUCACGGGGCUGCAAAAAAGUUCCCACCGUCAGAGCACAGCUUGGUUCUCCGGGUCCCUCAAAUGGAACCCCAAAAAAUACAGAUGGCUCCAAAGUUCGAAGCUCCACUGAUGGAAUUCAACAGCUAAAUGGGAAUACAACAUUGGCAACAGUGCCCCCUGCCGUCACAGAGGAAGAAUCUCCACAGUCGCACCCUCAUAAUCGUGCCUUAACAGCUAAAGACAGUGAAGUUGGGGCUGACGGGCCUAGCAAUGAAGGUGACCUGUCUGACUGUCAGGACAGUCGCCUUGGAGGGGCAAAGAUGGCCCUGCAAAAAGAGGAGUAAUUAAACUGCAAAAAAUACACAAUGCAGCCAGGGUCUGGUGGGGGGUAUGAGCAGUGAGGGGAUAGUGAGACACAGGUGCUGAAUAUUACUGUUUUUAAAGGCUUGUUCCAUAUAUUUUUGGGCCUGAUCAGGAUGACUGGAAUACUUUGCCAGAGUUGAGCUUUGGAUGCUUAAAGGGUUUGUUAAGAGAGACAUUUAAAUAUCCAUAAAACAUUCCUUGGAACAAAGCACUGCUUUUAAUCUCUCUUCUUAUGCCACCUCCCCACUUAGGCAAGUUCUUGCUUACUAAACUUAAGCCAUGAAAGCAGUGCCCUGUUCUAUCCAAAGCCAGUCAGGACCAUGAAAUAUUGGCCUGUUAAAUACUGCCUUCCAGCCUCCUGUACCUCACUCUGCCUUACUGCAUUUCCUUCAACUGGCAUAAUGCUCACUCUUUCAUGCUUGCCAUUUUGUUUUUACUGACAUUCAUAAUUUAGUAGAUCCCUGCACUUCUAUGCAGAAGGUCUAUGUUCCCACUCCUUAACUGCUCUUGUCCCCCUCUGUCUCUGGCUGAUAUGUGGUGUCCAGCGUUUUUAAGCGGGACAUGGAUUGUACGGGCAGAUUUUUCCUGCCUUUGCUCUCGAAUGUGAGUAACAUGAAGGUGAAGUGUGUGCUGGUGUUAACUCUCCAGCUGCUGGCCAGUCCCAGGAUCAAACCGAAUACCUAAAACACAUUAUUCAGGGACUAGAAACUGCAGCUCAAGUCUUUAAAUUAAGAAAAAAAAAAAAGAUUAAACGGAUCAUAAAGAUAAUUUUAAAUGAAUUGAAUUAAUUAGGGGGAGUGGGUGGGAAGGCUUCAGCCUUUUAGCAAAAGUUACUCCAGGCCAGGUUUUAGUCUUGAAAGAUGAACCUACUACAUAUUAAGCAUACUGAGCCCAGUAAAGAGGAUCCAUUUUGAAUCUGAAAAGCUGACUGUUUCAGUCCGCAGGCAACUGCAUGCAUUGUUGCCUCAGCCUUCAAAGGUCUGGACAUGUUUUUGUUCCUUCUCCAUGGAUUUGGUUUUCCUAACUUUAUCAUUUAGUCUUGAAUCCAGUUCAAUUAAAACAGACUUUUUCGUGUGACCAGAUGGGCCGAGGUAUUGUUGAUUUACAUGAAAUAUUACAAAGACCCAAACAAUUUAACUCGGCCUUACUAUUACGAAAACCAAAAUGACUAUCAAGGAUUUACUUUCUUGUUCUUCUUUUCCAUCUAGUAUAUUUAACAGCCUCCUAACACUGGCUUGUUGCUGUCCUUUAAAGUGCACACAACCUAUUAAAAAUAUUUCCUUUCUUUCUUUUCUUAAAGAACCAGAGGAACUUGAAUUAAUGCACAGGUGUAUAUGUGGUAGGUUUGGUCUCUGAGCAUAUGCUUUAAGAAUCUGUACACAUGUGGUUAAUGUAUUUUGGUACUAUUUUCAGGUGUUUUUUUUGUUUUGUUUUUUUGGUUUUUUUUUUUAAACGGUCUUUAAAGUUAAUCUGGUUUCUUGGGCAACUUUUGCUUCAGGCUAUUGAAGACAAUUGGAAAAUGUCCUGUUUGCACCUUUUUGUGACUGUUAGUAUACUAGUCCAAAAUUUAAAGUUCUCUUUACGAAACAACAACCAAAAAGAACAAAAAGCUCCAGUACCUUGAGCAAGAGAAGCAAACACUUUGGCAGGCUGACUUCCGUUUGCCUUGUCUGAUGUUACAGAAUAUUGUGGGCAUGGGUCACCCCCGGCCAUGGUGCUGUCGCUUCUUAUUACAUCUCUGGCUCAAAGGAAAAACAUGCUUUGUUUUGUUUCCCCUUUUUCAUUUUUUAUUUAAAUUUGGAUUUAUUUCCUUUAAAACUGAAUUGCCUCUAUUUCUGGACUUUUGUUCUUUAAGGAAACAUUCUAAAAAGAACUGAAAAUUUCUGAAUGUGUUCUUAGCACAUCAAAUUUAAGAGAUUUUACAUCUGAAACAACAUAUGGAGAGGUAAUUUUUUUAAUGAUUAACCUUUUCUUUUGUAUGAAAAAGUUUUAUCUCAAAGAAGAUUAUAUAUAAAUAUAAA